UUGGCGCGUAAACCUCAACACUUGUUCUGAUCAGCUGGAACAAUAACAACAAUAACACAGUCGGUUUGGCGCUCAGAUUAUAACUUUUAUGGAUGGACUUCAGUCAAGGUGAUCAACAAGAUGAUCCAUAUAAUUUGUUUAUAGGAUAUGUAGAUUUUUUGUGGGGGAAUUAUUUGCCAUUAUUUCGGUUUUGUCGGAUUGGUUCCUCGGUAUGCUGACCAAACGAGAUGGUGAAGAACUGAGUUGGCUGGUAACGUUACUGCAGCAAGCUAGCUGAGCAUUCUAAGAGAUGACUUGUGUCAGAAGGUGCUGAAAGUAGCAUAUCAAGCCUUUGGACUUGAAUUCUGCCACAAAAGACAAUUUAGGGGACUAGAGCACCCCGGCUGUGUGUGCCAUGUCAGAGGCACUGGUAUCAGGUCAGACGUCGGAGGAUCUUUUGGCAGACUUUGAGUCUCUUUUGAAUGCUGGGAGUAUUGACCUAUCAGAGAACCACCAGAUAGUCAUAAUUUCUACCCCCAGCAAUGUGGGCUUAAACUCAGCUGUACCCAGCAACACUGGAGAGAUCCUCCUGUUUGCUACCCCCCAAGGCCCUGCGGAUGUGGUCCAGGACCAGCGACGGCCAACUCUGGGACGACCUCCGGUGAAGAGGAAGCUGGACCUGGACAGUGAUCACCAGUAUGUCAGCACCUCUCGCCCACCUUCUCUUGGGAGGGCCCCAACGUCCACACCAGCACCACCCAGAGUUCCAAAGCCUUCGACAGAGAAGUCUCGCUAUGACACAUCUUUGAACCUGACCACCAAGCGCUUCUUAGACCUGCUAGCCCAGUCUCCUGACGGGGUGGUGGACCUCAACUGGGCCUCACAGGUCCUGGAAGUGCAGAAGAGACGCAUCUAUGACAUCACCAAUGUCUUGGAGGGUAUCCAGCUCAUCUCCAAGAAAUCAAAGAACAACAUACAAUGGCUGGGGAACCGCAUUGAUGGAGCAUCUGUUUCCCGUUACCAGGACCUACAGAAAGAGGUCUCUGAUUUGACACAGGCUGAGGAGAAACUGGAUGAGCUUAUUACCAAGUGUAACCUCCAGCUCAGACUCCUUACUGAGGAUACCCAGAACAAGAAGCUGGGUUAUUUGAUGUGCCAGGAUCUACGGAAGUCUUUUGACUCUCCUGACCAGCUGGUGAUGGUCAUCAGAGCCCCUCCAGAGACCCAGAUGCAAGUGUCAGAGCCCAGUGAGGGCUAUCAGGUCUCCCUGAAGAGCACCCAGGGUCCUAUUGAUGUCUUUCUGUGUCCAGAGGACAUUUCUGGUGUCUGCAGCCCAGUGACGGGCAUCAGCCCUUCUAAAGCCACAUACCAGAUAAUGCCCCAGCCUGCAGAACAACCACAGUGCAGUUCCACACAGGAAAUGACAUCGUCAACAGCUGCGUCCCAACAGAACUCCUCUCCACUGCCAUUGGUUCGUGAAGUGGGAGCAGUCCUGGAAUGUUACCCGUUCACUAACUUGGGAGUGCUGCCAGAAUUUGACCUUUCACCCUUGUCAUCCUCUGACUUCCUCAGUGGGGAGGGCCUUGGUAACCCACUGGAUGGGUUCAUCAACCUGUCCCCUCCACAAAGCCACAGCUACCACUUUGGCCUAGAGGAGCAUGAGGGCAUCACUGAACUGUUUGACUCUGACUUUGGAGACUUCACCCCACUAGAGUUGGGGUGGAGAGAAACACCCACAGAACAAGAAUGAGGUUGUAUCUCUAUGGAAACACCCAAUACACACCCUUUUCCCCUCAGAAAAGUAUUCCCAUGUGGCUAUAAUACAGAAUUGUACAGCACAGACAGUAAUGGCACUUAAGUCGUCUAGCAAGAGGUUAGCUUUAGAUGGCUAUUUAAUUUAUUUCUAUACAGAUAAUGUUUUUGUACCAAGAAUGUUUGUUUUUCUUUUCCCCUAAGUGGCUUGAGAAGGUGUACUUGUGGGAUAUGGACUUAUCAGCUUGGAAGCUAAUACUGAAUUGGUUAGGUAGGCAUUUUUGCAAUAGUCUCAGGUGUAAGGAAGAGUCAGACUUUUCCGCUAAGAGUUGGGUUUCAGAUGCAUUUUAAGAAGUCUUACAGUAUGAUGGCCAAUGGUAAUGGCAGGAUAUAGCCUAUGUAGGUUAAGAGACCUUUUAUAGAUGAAGUUUGGGAUGGGGGUUGGGAUGUCAUGCCUUAAAGCAGUGGUUCUCAUUCCUGGUCCUGGGAACCCAAAGGGGUGCACAUUUUUGUUUUUGCCCUAGCACUACACACCUGAUUCAAAUCAUUAAAUCCUGGUCCCCAUGACCAGGAUUGAGAACCAGUACAUUAAAGGAAAGAUUCACCCGUUUUGAAUGUUAUAUCGUUUUUGUGCAUCUCUGAGCGAUGUUCUCUCGAUUCCUGGGUUCCUUUCAUGUCUAUCUAAGCUAUUGUCUUUUCAAUCUUGAGAUGCACAAAAACACUUACAAUUCAAAAUGGGCAAACAUUUCCUUUAACAUUGAUUAGAUCUGUUUGGUAAUAUAAUUACCAAUAAGAAAAUAUUAUCUCUUUUAAAACCUGUCCAUAUUGGUCUACAGUUUGAAUAUAUUGUUUUACCAGGCUUUACAUUUGGUUGAUUUGUCAGUCAUACAUUAUAUCACAGUUUGUCAUUAUCAUGAACCUUAUCACAGCUCCUUUUCUGCAGGUCUUAUGCGGUGCGGUGCCUUACAACAACAACAUAAAAGUGUUGGAUGGAUGCAAUUCAGGUGUUAUUCUGUGUCUAUAAUUGAGGUUUUUGAAUGAAAGUGUUAGAUUUGAAUUUCCUAACAGUAAAUUGUGGAUUACUACUAUUUGGGGCUGUCAGGCGACUUACUUUACUUGAGAAUUCAGCCACUGUGUUAAAAGUGCUUAAGGGAAUUUAACUCUGCAGUCAAUUUCACAUUGUUCAGCACUUUGUUUUGUAACAACAUUACAAAAUGAGCUUUUUUUCCACAAAUUCAGUGGUGAAAAGAAUAACUUGUACCAAUCCGAGUUGUUUAUCAAGCAUGUCUUUUGUAUCAAAUGUGUUUUUGAAGAAUAAAAACAUUGCUAUA